AAAAAUUAAUUAAAUGAAAAAUUAUAAUUAAAAUAAUGUAUUUUAUAAAAUUAACAUUAUAGUUGCAUAUUAUUAAAAGUAUUGUACAUAUUUUAUUCGUGCACCGAGACGGCAACACUGUUUUCAAGCUGGUUAGGUUUUGGAAUAGGUAGCCGUUGUUCUUUCUGUUGUAACAACGUGUUGCCAAAAUGCCGUCUGUAACGCUGAAAGAUGUUGAUCAACAUAAAUUUGUCAAGGCAUUCUCCGCAUUUUUAAAGAAGACUGGCAAACUAAAGGUACCUGACUGGGUCGAUUUAGUGAAAAAUGGAAAAUUUAAUGAACUUGCUCCUUAUGACCAGGAUUGGUACUACACACGAUGCGCAGCUCUUGUGAGACACAUUUACCUGCGUUCUCCAAUUGGAGUUGGUGCCGUAACUAAAAUUUUUGGCAGCCGAAAGCGUAAUGGAGUUUGUCCCUCCCAUUUCUGCCGCAGCUCUGGCAGUGUGGCGAGAAAGGCUCUCCAAUCUCUCGAAGCCUUGAAACUGAUCGAGAAGUCCCCUGACGGUGGAAGGAAGCUGACCACCCAGGGCCAGAGGGAUAUCGAUCGUAUCGCAGCCCAGAUCAGACCCAAGAGGAAGGAGCGAUCGGGAGCUCACCGAACAACUGAGCUUCCCGUCCCAGCUCCUCCUGUAGAAGUUAUUGCAUAAUAAGCAAAAAUGUUUUAAUAAACGUUUUAAUAUAU